CAUGUGUCUACCAAAAUUUUUUUAGUUCGUUUGUCAGUUUAGCUGUAUUUUGAUCGUGAAUUAUAUUGGUCAACAAUUUCUGUAUAUUAUAAAAUACACAAUGCCGAUAAAGAAAGGACUUGUAGCUUUUUUUAACACAUUCAUUCAAACAAUCAUCAAGAAAUUCGACGGCUCUCCUGAUCGGAAUUUUGUCCUUGGUAAUGCUCAAGUGUCUGAAUUGCCGAUUAUAUAUUGCAAUGAAGGUUUUUGUGAGCUCACAGGUUACAGCCGAGCAGAGCUCGUUCAAAAGCACUGUAGCUGUGACUUCUUGUGUGGGCAAGGUACAAGCGAGACUGCGAAAAGAGAGAUCAAAAAUGCCCUUAAAGGCACUGAAGAGAAGCAUAUCGAGAUACUCUACUAUAGGAAAGAUGGAACUGCUUUUUUWUGUUCAGUGCUUGUGGCUCCUGUCAAAACAGAAAGUGGCUCAGUUGUCAUGUAUAUUGUGAACCAUGAAGACGUAACAUGGUCACCAAACAGAGAUGAAGUGCUUUUUUUACAAUCACGAUGCUUUCCAUUGACAUCGCGGAUGACCUACAAAGUCAAUUUCAAAAGACGUAGCAAAGAUGGUGAGGGAGAAGAACUAAGAUCCAAUAAAUCUAAACAUAGUAAACUCAAGGAAAGACCAAACUCUUUGCCUACAUCAACUGCAACCAGUACUGUACAGAGUCCUGAAUUCAUACCACUUAUGAGCAUUCAUCCAGCAACUCCACCAGAGUCUACUGAAGAAGGAGAAUCAGAGUCAAGACCUUCAUUAGGGAAAAUCAAAAAAUCUUCAUCAAUGACUGAACUGUCAAGCAGUUCUGGAUUUUUUUAUGAAAGACCAGAGUUUUUCAAUAAAAAUACCAAACUUCCUUCUCAUUCAUUGAUGUCUGCCUUGAGGCCAGACAUGGACAAUCUAUUUUUACCUAUCAAACCACAGCUUUCUUCAUGUACAUCAGAUACAACUUUAUGGAAAUCAAAAAGCCAUUCUUUUUUUUAUCAGAGUCUUGACGGAUCUACUGUAAGGUUAUCUCCAGGGCUCCAGUCAUCUGUUGUGCAGCCAAGAAAAACGGAGAAAGUAGCACAGGUGAUGUCAUUAGGAGCUGAUGUUUUACCAUUUUUUUAACUACAAGCUCUCAACAUUCACCCAUGGACGAUACUACACUACUCUCCCUUUAAGGCCUUCUGGGAUUGGCUGAUUCUUUUCCUUGUCAUUUACACUGCUAUCAUAACUCCAUACAUGGCAUCAUUCAUUCUGACCCGAGAUGAACGACGUGAUGAGCUCAAUAGAAAUCCUGAAACCCGCAAAGAUUAUGGACCAAGAGAAGUGUAUAGCGUUUUUUUUGUGAUUCUGGACUACAUAGUAGAUGUCAUGUUCAUUAUUGAUAUAUUUUUUUUUUUUCGAACAACGUUUGUUGAUGAUAACGAUGAAGUAAUAUCAAACCCUUGCAGAAUUGCUAUUCAUUAUUUAAAGACAUGGUUUAUUAUUGACCUUGUUGCUGUUUUUUUAUUUGAAUUGCUUAUUAUGAUUGGUAAUACAGAUCAGACGACAACUUUGAUUGGUCUUUUGAAAACUGCUCGUCUUCUGCGUCUUGUACGUGUUGCUAGGAAGUUAGACCAUUAUUCAGAAUAUGGCAUGGCUGUGCUUUGUUUACUGAUGUGUUCAUUUGCAUUGCUUGCACAUUGGUUGGCAUGCAUUUGGUAUGCAAUAGGAAACAUAGAAAGAACCUUUUUUUAUAGUACAAUAGGUUGGCUGGAUAAUUUAGCAGAUCAACUAGAAACUCCUUACGAUAAGCACAUUUUUUUGAGUGGACCUGACUUGGAGUCCAAGUACAUCACAGCAUUGUAUUUCACUUUUUUUAGCCUUACCAGCGUUGGCUUUGGCAAUGUAUCUCCAAACACAAACACAGAAAAGGUUUUCUCUAUUUGUGUUAUGCUAGUAGGAUCUCUCUUCUAUGCUGCCAUAUUUGUUUUUUUAGCUGCUAUCAUCGCUCGGUUGUAUUCCGGUGCGGCUCGGUACCACGCCCAAAUGAAGCGUGUUCGUGAAUUUAUACGAUUUCAUCAAAUUCCAUCUCCAUUGCGGCAACGCGUGGAGGAUUAUUCUCAUCAUAUAUGGUCGUAUACCAAUGGUAUUGACAUGGAUCAGGUUCUUUAUGGCUUCCCAGAGUGUUUACAAGCAGAUAUUUGUCUACAUUUAAAUAGCUCUUUGCUAUUUUUUUACCAUGUAUUUGCUUCUGCUAGUGAAGGCUGUCUAAGAGCUCUUGCUUUACGAAUACGAUCCGUUCACCUCCCCCCUGGGGACUAUAUUCUAUAUCAAGGUGACGAAGUCAGCCAUUUGUAUUUUAUUAUGAGAGGAACGGUGGAAAUCCUUCAUGAUGAUGUCAUCAUGGCCAUAUUAGGUAAAGGCGAUAGUUUUUUUGAAAACUUUGCACUAUACCAAGAAAACACAUCCGGGAAUUCUAAAGCUAGUGUGCGCGCCUUGACGUACUGUGACCUGCGCACUAUAGCUCGCGAUGAUCUCGUUCAUAUAAGCAGGCUUUACCCAGAAUUUAAAACGAAUUUUAAAAGAGAGUUGAAUUUGACAUUCAGUUUGAGAGAUGACACUUCAGAACCUGAUGUUGACCAGGUUUCCCAGGGAACAUCAUCAAUCCAAAUUUUUUUAGCUGAAGCUUUAAACCACGUUAAAGACAAACCUGUUCAAUUGCUACGACAAAGAGUUUCCAAGGACACAGCAGUUUAG